AUGCUAGCUAGUUCGAAUAUUUCUCAACAAACAAAAUCAAAAAAGCAUGCUGGAGGAAAGCAUAAACAUUAUCUUACAGAGUAUAUUAUUAUCACCGAUGAAUAUGUUAAUCCACAAAAACCCAAUGCCAAAUAUUGCUAUUGUUUGGCCUGUCAUGAAUCAAACUCUGAAAAGGAACAAGCUAAAAAUAUCUUGAAUAAAGAAGAAUUAGAAGCUUCUAAAAAGUUACGAUUAGAUGAAGAAGAAGAAUCUUCAGAUGACAAUAGCUUAGUUAGUUCAAAAUCUGAAACCCAAUUUGAAGAUCAAAUAUUAAACAUUACAAUAACAAAUGGUUGGUCAUUCUGUUGGGUAGAAGACAAAAAUGUUAUUGCAUAUUAUCGUUGGUUAAAUCCUCAUCUAGCAUUACCUAGUUGUAAACAGUUAGCUGGACGUAUUUUAAAAUCUGCAACUGAUACUAACUGA